AUGGGCGGCGAAUCGCCAUCUCGCAGUGCGCGCAAGCGCCUCAAGCGCUUCCACCAACGCGAGGAGCUCACCGACCGCAUUCGAAACACACUCGAGGACUACAACUGCGACAGCUGGAGCGCCAGCGGCAUCGCGCAGGAGUUCUUAGCCAACGCGGACGACGCGGGGGCCUCCGAAUUUGUUCUCGUGUACGAUGAGAGCACCUACGGCACUUCCAAGCUGCUGUUCCCGGGCCUGGGGGACUGGCAGGGGCCGGCCCUGUGCUUUUACAACGACGCGUGCUUCACGGAAGGGGACUGGGAAGGCAUCUCGAACGUCGGGAUCAGCCAGAAGCGGGAGGACGACGGGAAGAUCGGUCGCUUCGGCCUGGGAGCCCUGACGGG